ACGACGGUGCAACAUUAACAAAGUGUCCGUAUGCUUCGUGGAAUGCUAUAUUUGUUAGAUGUAUUAUCUUCGCAAAGCAUUUUCAUUUGACAAGAAAUAUGGAGGUAGAAACAAGUGAAAAUGUAGGUGAGAGUGCCACUAAAAGUGGAAAGCCGAGUAGAAAUAAACUUUCGUGUAGCAUAGCAUGUCUAGACGGUGCGAACUUUAACAUCAAUAUUGAGAAAAAUGCGCCAGGAAAACUGCUUGUUGACAAAAUAUGCAGUCAUUUGAAAGUGGACGAAAAAGAAUACUUUGGCCUACUUUACGUUGAGCAUAAGACUGGCCUGAAGCGUUGGUUGGAAACAUACAAGCCAAUAAAGAAACAGCUAAAUGGAUCUGAACCGAAUUUCGAAUUUGCUGUCAAAUUCUUUGAGCCAAAUCCUGAACAGGUCAACAAUGAUUACACCAGAUAUCUUAUGGCUCUUCAAAUCCGAGAAGAGAUUGCCACAGGAAGUCUUCCUUGCUCGUUCUCGGCCCAGGCCUUGCUCGGAUCUUAUGUUAUACAGUCCGAGUUUGGGGAUUAUGAUCCUUUACAACAUGGUCAAGAUUAUCUUGAUGGAUUAGUCUUCGCACCAGAACAGUCACCAGAGCUCAUUAUGAAGAUUAAAGAACUCCAUAGGAGUCACAAAGGUUUGACACCAAUGGAAGCAGACUUACAAUACCUAGAAUAUGCAAGAAAGUUAACAAUGUAUGGUGUUGAUCUUCAUGAGGCCAGGAAUGUUCAUGGUGCUGAUAUACAUGUUGGUGUCUCCUUUGCUGGUAUUGCUAUAUACAAAGAUCAAAUUCGCACCAACAAAUUUACUUGGUAA